GUUCUGAAGCAAAAGCACCUGGAUGAUUGCCUGCGACAUGUAUCUGUAAGAAGAUUUGAAUCAUUUAAUCUGUUUUCAGUAACAGAAGCCAAAAAAAGGGUAAAUGAAGAGGAAGUUGGUGCAUGGGUCCGAUAUACAAGUGUCUUCUAUCCUGAGUACAGUGUUUCUUUAAGGCGUAAUAAUGGAUCUUUGAAUGUUGAAGAUGUUCUUACCAGCUUUGACAAUACAGGCAAUGUUUGCAUCUGGCCAUCUGAAGAGGUUUUGGCUUACUACUGCCUCAAGCACAGUAAUGUAUUCAGGGACCUUGCUGUGUGUGAGCUAGGGGGUGGCAUGACAUGCUUGGCUGGGCUCAUGGUUGCUAUUUCUGCAGAUGUCAAAGAAGUUCUGUUAACUGAUGGGAAUGAAAAGGCCAUCAGAAACGUGAGAGACAUCAUCACAAGGAAUCAGAAGGCUGGUGCGUUUAAAGCUGGGAAAAUAUCAAGCUGCGUUUUACGAUGGGAUAAUGAGACAGAUGUCUCUCAACUGGAAGGACAUUUUGACAUUGUUAUGUGUGCUGACUGCCUGUUUCUGGACCAGUACAGAGCCAGCCUUGUUGAUGCAAUAAAGAGAUUACUCCAGCCCAGAGGGAAAGCAAUGGUAUUUGCCCCACGCCGAGGGAAUACUUUAAACCAGUUCUGCAAUCUAGCUGAAAAAGCUGAUUUCUCUAUCCAAAGACAUGAAAAUUAUGAUGAACACAUUUCAAACUUCCACUCCAAGUUGCAAAAGGAGAACCAGGACGUCUAUGAAGAAAACCUUCAUUACCCACUUCUGCUUAUUUUAACCAAAAAUGGAUAGAAGAUUAAGCUACUCAAAAGACGAAAACACCAAGUGCACAGGGCAUAUUUUCACAAAAACAGAAACCUGUGAUGGGUAUGAUAUGCAGCAAGCCUUUGGCUUCCUGAGAUCUGUGAGCCCCCCACCACCUCUGCCCCAUUCCACAUGUGGGUUAUGGGGCCCACCUGUCCUCACUCACAUCAUUCCCCAGCCCUCCUUCACUCCUUUUUCAUCUGCUCUUCUUGGACCAAACCUUUGUUUGUCUUUACGUAUCUACAAACAGCCUAAGAUUUGAAUUGGACUCAGGAGAGACCUAAAUCUUUUUCUUCCUAAUUGAGACAGAAUUUCUUUUGGUGAUCCCCACCCCCCCUUUUCAAAAAAGAUCUUGGUCUUUGUUCUGUUUUGGUGGUGGUACUUUUUAAUCUGUAAACACAGCAAACAUCAUGAUUCUUUCCUGGUUAAAAAUAAAUAAAUAAAGCCUAUCUUUCUCAUCUUCAAA